AUGGGAGAAAUAGCGAUACAACGCGGCGUAUUGCCAUCUCAGCCACCACGUCAGGUGGAACUACAUGGCUUCUGCGAUGCCUCCGAUUUGGGCUACGGUGCAUGUGCCUACAUCCGCUCUAUCGACGACAACGGUCACUACAAAGUUGCCUUACUCACCUCAAAGUCUCGAAUCGCACCCUUCAAGAACGCUAAACUGACUAUACCGCGCCUUGAACUUUGCGGAGCGCUUGUACUUGCACGAUUGAUUUCUAACAUAACGCACAAUUUAAAUAUUACCUUUUCCAGAAUCAUUCUCUGGUCAGAUUCCACCACAGUACUAUCCUGGAUAAGAACUGAUCCCACCAAACUGAUGACGUUCGUAAGCAACCGAGUUAUUGAAAUCCAGGAACUAACGAAGAACAUAGAAUGGAGACAUAUUGGGACUCAUGAUAAUCCCGCUGACCUAAUAUCGCGAGGGUUUAUGCCUUGCGAAAUCCGAGCAUGCACACUCUGGUGGAUGGGAGCAAGUUUACUGUCCCAAAACGAUAAUACUUGGCCAACGAGCAUCCAACACAUACCGCCAGAGCAACUCCCGGAAACGAAAAACCCCUCGAUCAGUCUCACAGUUACAGAACCAACGACGUUCACCCUGUUCACCAUCGAAAGUAACUAUCGCCGAAUGCAACGAGUUAUGGCGCUAAUGUCGCGGUUUAUUGAUCAUCUUCGUCAAGACGACCGCAAAAAACAUCGCUACGGACAUCUGAAUAUACGAGAACUUGAUGAAGCAACAAUGGCGCUGACGAGAAUCGUCCAGAAGGAAGCAUUCCCGCAGGAUUUCGAUUGCCUGGAAGCUGGAAAGGUAAUCCAUAAAAAUAGUCAACUUAUCACAUAUUCUGUGUUCCCAGACAAAUCACGGUUCAAGGUGCUACGAGUUGGCGGUCGGAGUCGUCAUGCGACGUGGAUGCCAUUGAGUCAACGACAUCCCAUGGUGCUACCAUCUCGACAUCCGUUUACACAUGCUGUUGUUCGAGCUUACCACAGUGAAUCCCUUCACGCUCCUCAACAGUUGCUGCUUAGCAUACUGCAACGUCGGUUUUGGUUGAUACAUGGCCGCAGUACAGUACGAUGGGUACUCAGACGGUGUGUUACUUGCUUCAAGGCGAAGCCGGUGAUAAUGCAGCAAAUGAUGGGUGAUUUGCCAAAGUCCCGUUUGGAAGGCGGCUUUGCAUUCCUGAAUGCUGGGGUAGACUUCUGCGGGCCGAUCUACAUUCGUCAGCAUAAUAAGCGAUCAACGAUCACGUACAAGGUGUAUGUGGCGGUGUUUCUAUGUUUCGCAACCAGAGCGAUCCACCUGGAGCUGGUUGGGGAUAUGACGGCAGAUGCCUUCAUCGCGGCCUUGCAACGAUUCAUCUCACGCAGAGGUAAAUGUGCGAAAUUAUUUUCCGAUAAUGGCCUUAAUUUUGUUGGUAGCAAAAACAAGUUGAGGGAGAUGUACGACAUGUUCCAGUCCCAGCUCUUUAAGCACAAGUUGGACGAUUUCUGUUCAAAAACGGCCAUCGAAUGGCAUCUGAUCCCGCUCAGUGCUCCACAUUUUGGCGGCCUUUGGGAGGCCGGGGUUCGAUCCGCCAAAUAUCAUCUCAAGCGAAUUACUGGCACUGCCAACAUGAACUUCGAGGAAUAUAGUACAGUACUUACUCGAAUUGAAGCUGUGCUUAACUCGAGGCCAAUCACGCCGAUGUCAGUGGAUCCAACCGACAUACAACCUCUUACUCCAGGACAUUUCUUGGUCGGUCGCCCGUUGACCGAUAUCGCCGAACCUGACGUCACCGACCGCAAGGAAACGACACUUUCUCGUUGA